GCCAUAAUGAACGUCCCUUCUGAUCAGGAAAGACAUGGGGAUCUUUCGGCUUCUGCGAGCCGUUUUGUACCAGGUGGUCCAGAAGCUGCCAACCCCGCUGACGACUCGGACACGGAUAUCGUGGUCUUGAAACAAUACCUAGAAGACCUCGGGACGCAAGCCGCCGCGCAAGACCGCAGCUCACUUGCAGAUGCCUGUCAAGUAGCGAUAGAUGGAACUGGUCCACCUGGACUCAAAGAACGAGCAGCUAGGACGAUUGCAUGGCAGGAAGGUCAAAUGAGACGCGUUAAUGGCCUUCUGCCCAUCUAUGCCUUCGCAUUGUUGGCUGAUGUGCUUGCAUGUGAUGAGCUUCUUCGGCCAUCGCAUUUCAACUUGGAUGAGAUUGUCCCUGUUAUCAUCACUUAUCUCAACAACGUACGAGUUAUGUGA